ACCUGUCUUAACGUAAGAGAGUUAGUUUGGUGUCCGUUACUGAAUUUUGUUUCUUUUGGUGGUUAAAAGUGCAGCCACGUCACUCCCCGUCAACCUUUUCUUUCUUUCCAUCAAACUCUUCAUGAAUACAUUGCAUUCACUCAUUGAAGAAAACAAAACAAGCAAUGCAAUUGAAAUUCUCACUCAACAAACAAAACGCAAAAACAAUGAGAAGAAUCUGGAACCUUCUCUCCGAUAACAACCCUAACAAACUCUUCCAAUACGCAUUUUCGAUCCCAACCAACUUCCGCGUCACUCCGUUUCGUUCUUACUGCGAUCCAUCACGCAUUCCCAAGCAAAACCGUCCAGGACCGCUUGUGCAGUACAAAAAUCUCGUUGAUCAAGGGAAGCUGCAGCAUGAUCCUUACCAAGAGAGUGUUGCUACAGAGCUUCAGAAUUUGUUAGCUAGGUUGGAGAAUUAUGAGAGAGAAAUGGAAGAGUAUCAUGUUAAUCUAUCUAAUUGGGAGAAGAAUAGGGAGAACGAGCGGCAAAGGAUACUCAUAGAGGAAGUUGGGAAACAGCAGAAUGAGGAGGAUUGGUGGAAGAGAUUGAAUAAUAAAAUCACUGAAAGAUGGACCACUGGGAAAAGACCCGAGAAUGUGGAGUCAGGGGUAGGAAAAUGGGUGUCAUAUCUUAAACGUGAGAAGAAGCUGGAUUCACUAGUUGGUCGCCGCCCAAAUGCUCCUCCAGCUCCCAAAGGACUUUACAUAUAUGGCAAUGUGGGCAGUGGGAAGACAAUGCUGAUGGACAUGUUUUAUAGUGCCACUGAAGGAAUAGUUAAACAUCGAAGAAGGUAUCACUUUCAUGAGGCCAUGCUUAGAAUAAAUGAACAUAUGCACAAGAUAUGGAAGAAACAAAUGGAAGAGAAGCCUUUGCAGUCAGGCAUUGCUGGUUGGAUUAUGAAUCUUCCCUUCGACACUAAAGCUAAAGAGUGGCUGGCUGCAGAAGAAAAAUACAAGCAAGAGGUGCAAAUGAAAAACAUUCUUCCAGCUGUAGCAGAUAAGUUUUUUCUGGAUCGAGAUGGGGACAAAAAGGGAGCUAACAUUUUGUGCUUUGAUGAGAUACAGACUGUUGAUGUAUUUGCUAUUGUGGCUUUAUCUGGAAUUCUAAGCAGAUUGCUGAGUAGUGGAACUAUAAUUGUGGCUACAAGUAAUCGAGCACCAAAGGACUUGAAUGAGGCUGGUAUGGUACGGGAAAUCUUCCAAACCCUUGUCUCCAAAUUGGAAGAACAUUGUGAUAAGGUGUUGGUUGGCAGUGAAAUUGACUACCGUCGUUUUAUAGCACAGAGAUCAGUAAACCGGGCACACUAUUUAUGGCCUAUUGAAAGGGAAACCAUCAAUGAAUUUGAGAAAAAGUGGCUCAACGCAACAGGCCGAUUUGGAGGAAAUAUAAUCUCCACCACCAUCUCAGUGAUGUUUGGAAGGACUCUUGAGGUUCCUGAAAGCUGCGAGGGAGUUGCCCGCUUUACAUUUGACUAUCUAUGUGGUCGUCCGUUGGGGGCAGCAGAUUAUAUUGCAGUAGCUGACAACUAUCACACCGUUUUCAUAUCUGAUAUUCCAGUGAUGAGUAUGCGCAUUCGUGACAAGGCACGGAGAUUUAUCACUCUUAUUGACGAGUUAUACAAUCAUCAUUCUUGUCUAUGUUGUUUGGCAUCCUCUUCGAUCGAUGAAUUAUUUCAAGGAACUGAGGAAGGCACACUUUUUGACUUGGAGAGUUUCCAGUUUGAAACAGAAGCUGAAGGCAGUAAACUCCGCCGUGAUGUCUUAGCAGAAGGCAACGUGGGCUCAGGAGGUACCCCUGUUGGCAUCACAUCCAUACUAUCUGGUCAGGAAGAGAUGUUUACUUUUCAGAGAGCUGUCUCACGCCUGAUUGAAAUGCAAACUCCAUUAUACUUGGAUGGAGUUAGUGACUUUCAUCCUUAUUUUCAGAGGCAUCAUAAAAAAAAUUGUGACAGCUUACUGUCUGAGUCGUCAUCAUUUUGAAAGUAAGUUUUUGUAUUCUACUACAAAAAUUAUUUUCUAACACCAAAUUGACUUUUCUACAAUCUAUUGUGGAUAUUCGGGCAAUAAUUUACUUAUUAUCAGCAAUAAGCACAAGAGAUCAAGUUAGUGUUAGUGAUAUUAAUAUUGAAUACUGAUUGUUUAUUCCUUACAGCUAUUUCAAAUAAUGCAUUGUACUUAUGAGAAAGUUCUUAAUGUACAAAUCCUGAAAGACUCAACCUUAUCUGAGUAGUUGUUAGCUGCUAUGAUUGAUCAAGUUAAAGAAUACUACGAAUAAUUGUUAAUGGAAAAUAAAACAAGUGAUGCCUAGAGCAACCACACUGUUGUAUCACAUAAUAAGAAAUUGUUCCAAUAUAUUUUUUGUAUUGGUUUCCA